GCACCAGGUCACGCUGUUCAGACAGAAAAACAAUGUGCCACGUGAAAGGGGCUGAAUGACGUUUCGGAUCGCACCGCGCUCCCCGGGCAGCAGCCUGGGACAGGGGCGGGGCCUCGCACUCUUCCGGCAACAGAGGCUUGCGAGGAUAAAUAGGAGGCACGGUGCAAAUCUCUCCCUUAAUUAAACCCCGCAAAGCGCAGGGAGAAGGCAGAAGACAAUCAGGCAGCAGCGGCAGCAGCAGCAGCAGCAGCAGCAGCAGCAGUAAACAGGCAAGACUGCAGAAAGUGCAAAUGCAAUAAAGUGUAGAGGAAGGAGUUACUUUGAAAGAGAAAUUCUUAGCACACUUAAACUUUGUGACUGUGCAAAACUUUAUCAGAGCAAGUGCAUUCCCUACUUAAAGGAAGCAACGCAGCCUUUAAACAGAAGUGCCUUCGCCCAGCCCAAGGAAAGGAGGGAAAGUUCCCUUUCAGAGUGAAGCAAAAGCUUUGCAAUAAGAAGCGUUAACUUUCCAGGCUCGGUCAGGAUGCCCUUCUUGGGUCAGGACUGGAGGUCCCCCGGUCAGAGUUGGAUCAAAACCGACAGUGGCUGGAAGAGGUCGAAGGAUGAUGCAAAUAACAACGUGGAUCCGCUGAACAGUUUCUGCAAUGAAGAAUUUGAUAAAGAGAACUUUUUGAACAAUGUUGGGUAUGAUUUGAUGACAAAGAAAAGAAAGAAGGAUCUCUUGAAUAACAACACAAAAAUCCAAUAUUUUCACCAUGAUACUUGGAUCUCAGUUCACAAAGGAAGCACAAAGGAGCGCCAUGGAUAUUGCACCCUGGGUGAGGCUUUUAACCGCUUGGACUUCUCCAGUGCAAUCCGGGACACCAGAAGAUUCAAUUACGUUGUCCGGUUGCUGGAGCUCAUUGCAAAAUCCCAGCUCACGUCCCUCAGUGGGAUUGCCCAGAAAAACUACAUGAACAUUCUGGAGAAAGUUGUGCAGAAAGUGCUGGAAGACCAGCGUGAUAUCCGGCUAAUUAAGGAGCUGCUCAACAGUCUGUAUGCCACUAUUUGUGCACUGGUCAAAGGUGUGGGAAAGUGUGUCCUUGUGGGAAACAUAAACACCUGGGUCUACAGAAUGGAGGUCAUUCUUCACUGGCAGCAGCAGUUGAACAACAUUCGUAUCAUCAGGCCUCUGUCUCCAGGAUUGACUCUCACAGACCUACCAAUGUGCCUGCAAUUGAACAUCAUGGAGAGGUUGUCUGAUGGGAGAGAUAUUGUCAACCUUGGACAGGUAUCUCCCACCCUGCAAGUGCUGAGCGAGGACAGGCUUCUGUGGAAGAGACUGUGCCACUACCACUUCACAGAGCGCCAGAUUCGCAAACGUCUCAUUUUAUCUGAGAAGGGUCACUUGGAUUGGAAGAAGAUGUACUUUAAACUUGGGAGAUGCUACCCAAAGAGAGAACAAUAUGGGGACACACUGCAGUUCUGCAGACAUUGCCACAUCCUCUUCUGGAAGGAUACUAAUCAUCCUUGCACAGCUAAUGACCCUGUUGGCUCUUACACUUCCAUUUCACCUCUUGAGUUCAUCAGUCUCUUCAAGUUCUGAACUUGAGAAAAUUCCAGAAGAUUCCCAGUCUGGAAGAGAUUCCUGCUGUGCCUUGAGAACUGAGCUACUAAUUUUAUAUACAUUGCAUUUACCAAUGUAAAUACUGUACAAUAAUAUUUAUACUUUUUACACUGAAGCUGAAAUAGAAGUGGGUUAAGUUUAUUUUUUAUAUUACAAAAAGAUCAUGGUGUGUAAAUAUUGCUUGGGAUGAUUCUGGGAGUAGAAAUUUACUGAGGCAACAUUUCAAGGAGAGGAAGGUUAAGUUGAGAUGUCAGAUAGGAGGCAUUUGCUCCUAAGAUGGGAUUGAUGUGCAUUGUAGUGGCAAUGCAUUGAAAGAGUCCCAUGUGCCAUUUCUGGCUAAUUGUUCAGAUAGCUAACAGUAUGUUUCUGUGAUGGCCUCUAUUACUGGUUUGUUGAUUAUAAUAUUAAGAUGCACAUGUUACAAAGCAUGAAUUGGGUUAGCUCCUGCCAUCCCUUUCUUACCUAGUUGCUGGGAUAUUGUGGAAGUGAUCUACACUGCCUUGAGCUGGUUUCUUCACUCAUCUGAUCUCAAGUUGUCAGUAAUGUUGACUGUAAAUUGGAGCUGCAGAAGCUGUCUUCUAAAUUCAUGGCGGCUACUUUGAGAAUGGAACCAGUUUUUGAGCAAACAAGUUUUCAAAUCCUAGUUUUCCUAACCUGGUGAAUUUGCUGAUUCAGUGUCUCAGCUGAAUUCUCUGCAAACCUCACAUAAUCCCAUUCUCUCAUGGUGUUCAGCACAUAAUAAUGUGGGGGUUUUGUAGGACAUCUGAUUGAAUAGUGGCAGAGUGGAGGGGAGAGAGUUUGUUUUGUACUUGUGCUUGGUUCUGUUGUAGUAAUUUUAUUUGCUAUUAACAUUGCAGCCAUUAUUUGUACUUUUUAUGAUAUGUUAUCAAUGUGUUGAAUGUAGAGUACUGUCUGAUCCUGCAUCUAACUGCUGUGAUGGUUAUAUAAAUGAGUUGUUUACAAAACUCUGAAGGAAUCAUAUUUGGAGACUUUUUUAUUUUGCAAGAGGCACAGUAUUGGACAAUGAUUGAAUGGAAGGCAUGAUUUUUUUCAAUUGAAAUCAACAGUGAGGUCCCAGCCAUUUCCACGAUCUGGCAUAGGGCAAAUCUUCAGUACUGAAUGAGGCAAGAGAGAUUGGAUUACCCAAAAUCCAUGGCUUCUCCACCAAGAAGGAAUUGUCCUCAAAGAUAGAGGGACAGUCAGUGUUGGCAGGAAUGGAGAUGGUAGGUCCAGUACUGGAGUCAAGGAGAUUUUUGAGUUGUGUGGGGAGGGUGUGUUUAGAAGUUGUGAUGAAAGUGACAGGAAUAUGAGCAGCAUCAGUAACCUUUUUCAUAAGAAGAAUUGGGUAGUGGAUGGAGAAAGGUCAUCCCAUUCCCAUCAUAAUUUUCAAUGGGAGACCAAUGUGAGAAGUGAACUUUGGGUUGUAUCUAUAUAGGACAGUCCCAGCCUAGGCAAUGAACCAUGUGAACAUGGGCGAUGGAAGAUGUUCAAAGCUUGCGCAUUCUAAAAUGGCUUUAAUUAGAUCAGUAACAAUGCUACUGCUAACAAUACUACUGGAAUCCCAUAAGGCUUUAAGUGUAGACGCUUUCUGGUAAUGUAUAAACACUCAUUUAAAAAUUCCCCUCAAUACAAGUCUUUUAAUAGCCUGAAGUCUUCUAGAAGCAAUGUUAUAUAUGUAGUUAUUUUCAUAGGUGAUCUUGAGAGCAAUUAAGCUUCAGAAUGAACACUAGAAACUUCAGAAAGCUUUAUUUCAAAGUCAAUUUGAGUUCUGCAGUACACACACAAUUCCAGACUUUUUUCUUCACCUGAGUUCCCACAGCUGCCCUGACUGAGACUCUUGGGUCUGAUUGCACAAGCUGUCAGAUGUUAAGAACUGAAAAUUCUCAGUGCAAGAGUAGAUUGUUGGAGAGCUUGGCUUCUUUGCUCCCACAGUUGGAAAGGGAGCGAUAGUUAAUCUUUUAAUCUCUGAAGCAUAUGGGAAAGGUUUCAAUAUUGGGGGCAAGGUUAGAUUGUUUGCAAAGCUAUUGGCAAAAUGUGUUUGGAUAAGGUGAGCAGGUCGCCCAGCCACAGUGACAAGUCUGUCAAGUCAUCUGAUGAAACAUUUCUAAUUUUUCCAGUAAAAUCCUUUUAAAAUUCAUUCUCAGCAAAAUGACAUUUACUUUAGCUAUUACAACUUGUUGCAAGGAAUUGUUUACAGCAGCAGUAAUUUGUAAAAGACCAGAUAGGAUAGUUCAUGGAUUUGAAGUGUUAACAGAUUUGGUAAUUGUUUUACAAAGGAAACCAGUUCCAAUCUCUCAGACUGCAGUUUCAACCAAGAUAAUUUUGCUUCUACUUUUUCUGGAUGAACUUUGCAUCAAUGUAAACCAGAUGGCAAGUGGUUGACUUGCACAUUGAUUUGAGUAGAAAUAAGUGGGAAGGAAUGCUAGAUGGCCUUCGAACUUGUGAUCAAUAAUUGCACUGUCUCAAUUUCUAAAUUUGUUUUUGUGAAUUUUAGGAAUUUUUUUGCCUAAACAUGCAGUUGAAGUGUUGCUUGUCUUUAGUAUAUAAAACCAUUCACAUCAACCUUUUGUUGCAUCAGCACACUAAGCUUCUGAAUAUCUGUAACAUAGUGCUAUUCUCUGAUGUAAAAUACUACUUUGUAAAUUUUUAAUUGAUAUCUUUUUAAUAAAUGAUAUCUUUUG